CAGGAAUAAAAUGGAAACUGAAGGAUUAUUACAGUUUAGAGGGAAUGAAAAGUUAUCAGAUAUCUCAUUGACAAAAGCAUCUGCCCCGGAUGCUGAUGCUAUCAAAGGACAUAAAGUAGUACUUGCUGCAUCCUCAGGAUUAUUCUUCGACUUAUUUACAAAAGAAGAUCAAGAAUUGGUUGAUGAGUUUAAAAUCCCUGCAUUUAUAGAAACUAAAAGUGCCGUCACCGAGGAUCCCUACAACAAAGCCUUUGCUUAUAUGUAUUGUGAUCAACAGUUCGACAAAAUCAGAGCUGAACUGAGCCCCAACAAUGUGUUCCAACUCUACUCAGUCGCAUAUACGCUUAAAAUUAAAUAAGCUCAUCAAUGAUCUUGAAGACUUCAUCGUUAAUGAUCUGUUAGACAAUGAAAACUCCAUCAACUUUUACCUUGAUGGAAUCCGCUUUGAAAGCCAGAAAGUGACGAGUGCUUGUGAGAAACUGCUGGUUCAGGAAUUCCAGGAGGUGUGCACAUCAAAGGACGGGCACUACUUCCUCAGCCAGCUGCCUCUCCCUUACUUCCAGAAUCUCAUGAAAGACAACGAGCUCAACGUCGACAACGAAACCAGAGUGCUCGAGUGAGUUGAAAAGUACAUCAGACACAGAGCAGACAUCCAGCCAGACAAAACUGAAGAAGAGAAGAAAGCAGAACGAGCUGCAAUUGAAGCUGCUGGUGAGGAGCCUCCUCCAGAUCCAGAAGAAGAAGAAAAAGCCAAGAAAGAGGAAGAAUUCAAUGCUCUUGACGACAAAGGCAAAAUCCAGUGGAAAAAACAAGCAGCCGGAAGGAUGAGAGUCAGAGGACUCAGACCAACAGAGAAACGAGAACUCUUCAAAGCCAUCAGGUUUGCAUUUCUGACUCACCAGGAACUUCUGCAGUGAUCGAGAGACCCGAUCUUCGACGAAGCCAAAGACUACUUCAUUGAAGGACUCACAUACAAAAUUGAGCCCGAAGAAGUCCUUGACAAAGACAACACUCUCAUCAGUCUGAAUGAGCGAGCCCACUACGUCAGAGAUGCACUUGGCGACGACUUCAGAGACCUCAAUGUCAAUGCACCUCAAAGACACAGAAUGGACCCAACUGGAGAUGUCCACCAAGAAAGAACGCUUGAAGACGGCCCCAACAGAAGAGCUGGCACCCACAGAACAGACAAAAGUCGUUCUCCACUCAGAAACAAGCCAGCACCGAAAGGAGGGUCUAGAGCCGAACUAGCAGGUCAGAAGUCUCGGUACCCUGGAGCCAGAAAAGACCAGCUGAGUUACCCCAGAAGGACACUGCAAGGAGGCAUGGACGAUACAUUUGCUAGAGCUGAGACCGAUCCUUAUCACGACAUGGGAGCUCCGACUAUGCCACCAGUGAGGUUUGCAGUUCCUGGGCAAGGAAGAUCAAGGAAGCAUGGGCCACAAGCAAAUUGGGCAGACAACCAAGUGGCUAAGAAGUCCUUUGAUUACAAUUACGACAUGGAUGAGAAUGGUUGUUUCUUCUAUCUUGCUACUCAAGGAGGAAGAAAGAUAUGGCAAAAUCCUCAUGUUAUCGGGCAAGUUCAGGCAUUUGCAAGCUCUAUCGGAUUUGGUACAGUUCAAGACCUUGUUGGAAGAAAAUGUGUAAACCUUAGAACCCUAAAUGAACCAUUUUCAUUUUUCGGAGUUGAUUUGGGAGAAGGAAGAAAACUUCUACCUACUUGUUAUACAAUAAUGAACCGUAACUCAAGCACUCAUGUAUUAAUGAAUUGGCAUUUUGAAGGAUCUACUGACAAACUGAACUGGACAAUUCUUGACAGAAGAGUGUAUAUGCCAUCUCAGUUAGAAUCAGCUUCUAUUCAUGACAAUUAUGCAGUUGACCAAGAAAUCAUCGAUAGUUUAUGCCAAAAACAACAGACCAACACUUGGGGAAUUGAUCAGAAUGUAUACAAUGAUAUCGAUAGCGAAGGCUUCAGAUUUUUCAGAAUCAUCCAAAUCAGUCCUAACUCUUCAGGUUCAGACAAUCUCGCCCUUAGUUGCUUCGAGAUUUAUGGCAAUAUCGCUGCAGGUAGAUUCCCAUAAUCUAAUAAAUAAAUUUUGUACCAGUUCCGCAAGGAAGUUUCA